UCCGGAAGAUGUGAGAGAAGCUUCCGGAAAGAUGCCGCUUCCAAUUCACCAAGGUUUAUUUCAGGGUGCUGUCGAGCCCAUGCAGGUGGAUGCUCAGCCAGAGGAAAAUGACAAUGUGGAAGAUAGUCAGUACCAAGUAGAAAACACAUCUUUAGAUUUGGAGCAGUAUGCAAGUCAGUACACAGGCCUGGCCCGAUUAAAGAGACAGCUGUUUAUCGCCGAGCAUUGUCCCAGUCUCCGAGUGGAGGCACUACGAAUGGCUCUGUCCUAUGUAAUGACCACAUACAACACAAACUUGUAUCAAGAAAUCCACAGAAAACUUCAGGAAGCUGUGGCUUCUUCCUCAAGUUUACCUGAUGCUGUGGCUGGCGUAGUUCAUAACAUGCCUGCACUAGAUACGCAAUGGAUAGAAACAACGGCAAAGAAAGCGGCGCUCAAGUUGGAGAAGCUAGAUACAGAUCUGAAAAACUAUAAAAGUAAUUCGAUCAAGGAAAGUAUAAGACGAGGUCACGAUGAUCUUGGCGAUCACCAUUUGGACUGUGGAGAUUUAAGCAACGCACUUAAGUGUUAUUCCAGGGCUAGAGAUUACUGCACAAUCUCUAAACAUGUAGUCAAUAUGUGUUUAAAUGUUAUCAAGGUUAGUGUGUAUCUACAAAACUGGUCCCAUGUACAAAGUUACGUAAAUAAAGCCGAGAGCACUCCAGAGAUGGCUGAGUUUAUGACAUCAACUACAUGUACGCUCCAACAGAGUGAUUUGUGUAAUGACUUGCACACUUUAAUUUCCGUAUUAGAAGCACAAAGUCGGAGACAGCAUCAUGGAAAAGACGGGGGACAAGCAGUUUUAACCAAAUUGAAAUGUGCAGCAGGCUUAGCAGAUCUUGCCACAAAGAAAUACAAAUCUGCUGCCAAAUACUUCUUGCUAGCCAAUUUUGACUUCUGUGACUUUCCAGAGUUGCUGUCAGCCAGUAAUGUGGCCACCUACGGUGUGUUUUGUGCUUUGGCUUCAUUCGACAGACAGGAACUACAGAAAAAUGUUAUAUCUAGCAGUUCUUUUAAAUUGUUCUUGGAAUUGGAACCACAGUUACGAGACAUUCUUCACAAAUUUUAUGAGUCAAAAUAUGCAUCAUGUUUAAAGCUUCUAGGAGAAAUCAAGGACAACCUUUUACUGGAUAUGUAUUUAGCUCCCCAUGUUAAUGUAUUGUACUCACAAAUUCGGAACAGAGCCCUGUGUCAGUACUUCAGCCCCUAUCUGUCAGCAGACAUGAGAAAAAUGGCGGAGGCCUUCAAUACAUCAGUUGGCGGUCUAGAGGAUGAGCUCAUGCAGCUUAUUCUUGAGGGUCAAAUCAACGCCAGGAUAGACUCACACAACAAAAUUUUAUAUGCAAAAGAUACAGAUCAAAGAAGUACAACAUUUGAGAAGUCGCUCACCAUGGGUAAAGAAUACCAAAGGCGAACAAGGGCUCUUAUAUUGAGGUCUGCGAUUUUGAAAAACCAGAUUCAUGUCAAGGGACCCCCAAGGGAUGGAGGUCAGGGAGGGGAGAUGUCUAUUGCACCAGGAACAGCUUCAUCGGCGAGGAACUGACCUACGACAAUGAAGUGUGUCUAGUAUGUUGAUGGUGCCUGCAUACUAUACACCUUGAGAGACUUUCAGCAACUGUGAUACAAGGAUCCAGUUAAAGUGCGCGAUCAGCGAGAGUGUAGUCCUAGCCAGCUCGCAACACCAGCAUACAGCAGCAACAGAAUUUAUUGUAAAACCACACAACAUAUAAACAGUCCUGGAACCCAGGAGGCGACGUCACUUCGUCCUCUGCUGUUACCUUUCCACAGUUUUGUGAUAUGUUUUUAUGUUGAACAAUCUGCUAAAAAUGUGAUACGAAAUUUCCUCAGAAUUCAAAAUUCCAACCCCACCAUUGAUUUCACAGAAUCGCAGGUGAUGUUAUGACGAUUUUCAACUGUUUACUAUAGCCAGAUAUCAAAAUAUCUGACCAAGCUACAGACAGAGAGUGAAAGUCAUGAUCAGACAGUCAAUUCCUAUCACAUUACUCUGGGAGAAUAAGUGUAUUUGUGUGAACAACGGGUCGGACAGUAAAUGUGGCCUGUUUCAUUACUGGGCUCAGAGUUAGGCCGAGUUUGACAGUUACAAUGUCGGUGUACACUCUAGACAGGUAUAUCAUCGACGAGGUUCUGGGGUAGAGCCCGGCUCUACAGACUUCAUAGUGCUAUUUACCCUGAUUUGUAGUGGAAUGAGGAACGGUGACUGACAGUAUGCUUUGUGAGCAGUAUGUCUUUAUUUUAUGCAAGUAUACUGAAACCAUCAUUUACUCUCAAUAUGCUUCUUGUAUGUCGACUGAUCGAGGUGUAUGGAAAGUGAGAUUACAAUUCGUACAUAUGUACAUGCUGGCUUUACUCUGUGAUUUAUAUUACCUAAAAGAUUCAAUAUUUUUUAAUGAACGAAUGGUGAUUUCAGAUGUGUCAGUAUGUGGAAUAAGUGCUUUGAUAUUGAAAAUAUCCAGUUUUCAUUGGAGUAUUUUGUCUUUAAGUUUACAAAUAUGAAAAGAUUCUGUUGAAGGUUUUAAGUUAUCCGACACCUGUACUUGUAGAAUGCUUUACAAUUUCCACGAAUAUUGUGUUAUACCUCUGCCUCCGUUAUUUAUUACAUCAUCACCUCAAAACAGGAUGAAUAAAUGUUCCUAUAUAGUUUGUUCAGGACAUUUUCUUGUACCAUACCUAACUUAAAAAAUGUAAAUUGUUAUACAUCUAAUUUAUUAUGAUCAUCCAUCUGGUUGAUGGUCCUGUCAAUAAUAUCGGUGUCAUUGAAUACUAAGUAACUAUAGGUAUCUUGAUUUGAAUGAUAAAUUAUCAAAUGGUGCUUGCCAAAAGAUUACCACAGGUGUCAGAACAAGGGUAGAUCACGAUUUUGUUUAUUCAAAUAUCAUGAAAGACCAACGUAGGAAAUUACAGAACAAAAAUCAAUAAAAAUCUUACAUUAUCCGUCAUUGAAUAAAAUAUUCUGACUACUUAUCAGGAGUGCAGGUAAAGAUUUCGUAAGAAAUUCAGGAAAGAUUCUGAAUCAAUAGUAACUAUUAAGAAAUAUUUAAGCAGUUAUCAUGACAAUGUAGAUUGCAUGUUAUAUUGAUUUAGAGUAGAAACAAUUGUGUAUAUAAAGAGGAACAUUGUUCAAUAUAUUUUUCUCAGUUGCUUGUGUUAGAUUAUCAGUAUCAGUACUGCUGAUGUGAUUUGAUAAAUAGCUCAAUGCAUUUACCGGUAUGUGACUGCCAUUGUGAUCGUAAUGUACAGCUAGAUGUGAAAAGUAUACCAGACAAUCGGAUAUCUGUCAUUGUGAUGAAAACCCAACUCGUAGAGAAAAACCUACAGAACGGAAACUCUACAGGAUGGAAAAUAUGUGAAGAAUGUAUGCCAUGAUACAGAAUAAAAAGUAAAUAAACUUUCAUGUACCGUCUUGACAAUGCGAGUUUAUAAUGCUUUUCUGAUCUCUUUUGUCAACUUUCCAUAAAAAAGCAACACAAUUCACGUCAUUGAAGAUUUAUAUUGGUUCGUAGCGUUGUUCCGAUCUCUAUUGUCAACUCUGUGUGAUUGAAGGUUAAGUUCGGUCCUGUUGAAUGAGAAUUUACAUGUGUAGUGGUACAUAUAAUGAAUGAUUUAUUUGUCCAGGAACUCUAGCUAUAAUUACGUAAGAGGUCAAUGCAGCAAAUUUUUAACCAACUUAAGAUAAUGAUUUUCAUUUUGAAAGUUGCCUGCCGAAUGCCACACUUUUUGUGUUGCAUACUGUGAAUUACAUUUGUAAAUUUAUUUUGAUGGGAAACGUUGUGAAAUUAUGUUGAUGUAAUAAUAUGAAUAUGUUACACACAACAUGAGAAAUUUUCAGUAACAUUUAAGGAGAAAGUGAUGAAAGACUAGAACCUAUUACACAUGUAUGGAGGCAUGGCAUCUGUUGGUGACAAGACAUGGAUUUUUUCUCUAGGUUAACUCAGGAUGCUAGUACUCGUACCAGUUAUUAAACUAAGCACACUACUACUGUACUACUACUACUCUAAAACUUGGGGCAUGUGGCAGUCGUAAAACUUAGUAUGUUAAUACAUGCAUCAGUUAUACAAUGUGCAGUGCCAUUGGAUUUCUAGAAAUGUACAGCCCUGGGUCAAAAUAAUCUACUCGUUAUGCCAGGACUUAUUGUAUAAGGACUGGUAUAUCUGAAUAUGAAUAUUUGGAAGACUAGGAGGGUGAUAGGGAUGCAGAUAUGUGAAAAUUAAUAAUAUUUCUUUUCAAGGAAUUAUGAUCCAAUUUGUACCUGUUUAGAAGGUUGCAUUCUCAUCAUUUCCAUUCCAUUUGCUUUUCUAAUGAAUACAAAUGGACGGACGAAUGAUAUGUACCUGGGAAUGUAAGACGUCCAGGAUUUCUAACGGUCAUGGACUAUAAUGAUAAGUGAAGGUAACUGGUGUAAGAAUGAGCAUUGAUUGAAUAAUGAUAAUAGCACAGCUUUGAAUCCUCAGUCUACUUCAGCUGUGUACAGUAUUUGACAUUAAAUGAAUGUCCAUGCUCUUUUCUAAUUAUAUUGGCUUUUCUAAUUUCACAAUCUUGCAAUGAUGCAGUCCCUAUAUUUGUUGAAGUGUCAUAUACAAAAUGUAUUUUGUCCUGUUAUAAACCAAAUAUUGUUAAGUGUAGGGAUGAUUAUUUUUCAGUAGUCCUUUGUGUAGUAAUUUCAAGAUUUGUCAAACAUGAAAAAUUAUAUCAUUAUUUUCAGUAAAGAAAUUCUAUUAUAAAGGCAAUCGUGGAAAAGAGAUAAUUUUUUUGUGCAUGCUGGAGUAUAAUAGAUUAUUGCACAACUUGAAUUCACCUAUAAUUUGUAUGGAAAUUGAAGUUCAAUGUCAGGAUAAAGGCAAAAUUUUCAGUUAUGAAAUUUCAAUAGAAGUUACCUAGUAAUUAGUUGUUUGAGCCUCACCAUUAUGAUAUAUACUAUCUGGAGCAGAUAGGGUAUUUGUUAUGUUGAAUACAGUUUAAGAUUCUUUUGGGGAAACCACUUCAACAAUGAGAUAUAGUUGUAGGUAAUUAAAACCUUUUUUUCUUCUGAUCAAGCCAUUGCCUAUCGAAAUAGCUAGAUUCAUAAUGAGUCUGGCCCAUUUCCUGUCGUGUUGCACUUUGCUAUUUGGUCACAAAUAUUUAUCCAGGUAGUCUGCAGAAGGUUGUUUUUCAGAGCUUCAGCUUGGGUGAGUUGUUGUUUACUGUAACACUCUGUCAAGAGAGUCCAUGAAUGUCAUGCCAACAGCAUAUGCUUCCUGAAUAAGGAGUUGUACCACUGUUAUCGUACCAACUUGGAUCUAAACAUUCUUACAGCAUCUUGGUCAAGUCUUAAAAAUUAAUCUGUUCAUAAAUAAAUGAAGUAUUAUUUU